AUGCAGUCCAAAGGACCAGGUUACACCCGCAUGUGCGGUCAUGGCAGCCGGGCAAAGGACAUGCGGCCAGUCACACUCAACUCUGAUGUGCCAGACAUUGCGGAGGGUGACCCCGACCCUCGUACCGACAGGGCCCAAUCGACACUUGGCGUCGCCAGGUGCGACCGAGACCUACCCGAACCGGGCCGGACCGCGAUGGGCUUGCCCAUUGAUUGGGCAAAAUGGGAUAGGUCCGCUUCAGCCGUCAUACCGGGUUGA